ACCAGUUAUAACCGCUGCACAAGCGCAGACUUCUAAUCACGUGGUGCAGUAGCUGCCUGUCUUCUCAGAACCAAGGAGCUGCAAAAUGGAGGGAGCUAGGGAGCCAGAACAGCUCAGGAAGCUGUUCAUUGGGGGCCUCAGUUUUGAAACCACUGAGGAAAGUUUAAGGAUCCAUUUCGAACAAUGGGGAAACCUCACAGAUAGUGUGGUGAUGCGGGACCCAAACAACAAGCGCUCGAGAGGGUUCGGCUUUGUGACAUACUCCUGUGUGGAGGAGGUUGAUGCCUGCAUGGCAGCUCGCCCUCAUAAGGUGGACGGGCGUGUUGUCGAACCUAAAAGGGCUGUGUCGAGAGAGGACUCCAACAGACCAGGUGCCCACCUGAGGGUGAAGAAGAUCUUUGUCGGGGGGAUCAAGGAGGACACAGAGGAGGACCACAUCAGGGAGUACUUUGAGCCCUACGGGAGGAUCGAGACCAUUGACAUUAUGGAGGAACGCGCAACUGGGAAGAAGAGGGGGUUCUGCUUCGUAUCAUUUGAUGACAAUGACACUGUGGAUAAAAUAGUCGCUCAAAAAUACCACACAAUAAACACACACAACUGUGAAGUCAGAAAAGCACUUUCAAAACAGGAAAUGAUGGAGGCGUCCAAUCAGAGGAGUAGGGGUGGUGGCUCUGGGAACUUCAUGGGUAGAGGUGGCAACUUUGGUGGCGGCAACUUUGGACGAGGAGGCUACGGUGGAGGAAGAGGAGGUUAUGGAGGAAGAGGAGGAUAUGAGGGAGAUGGUGGGAACUAUAGUGGAGGACCAGGCUACGGUGGUGGACGUGGUGGGGGGGGUUAUGGGGGAGGAGGUCCUGGGUAUGGAAACCAGGGAGGAGGAUAUGAUAACUACAAUGACGGAGGCAACUUGGGAGGAAACUUUGGUGGUGGAGGAGGUGGAAAUUACAAUGACUUUGGUACCUACGGAGGACAGCAAUCCAGCUAUGGCCCCAUGAAGGGAAACAACUUUGGUGGCAGAAACUCUGCCAGCCCCUAUGGAGGUGGCUAUGGCUCAGGAAGUGGAAGUGGCGGCGGCUACGGUUCUCAGCGUUAUUGAUACUUUAAAACGCUAGGGCUUCAAUUCUUAGCAGGAGAGGAGAUGAGCAAGGAUUUACCAGGAAAGCUGCAGGUUACUGUACUUUUUUAGGCAGUCGUCUGAAAGCAUUUAAGAGGAACAGAAGUCAGAAAGUUACCACAGCUUUAACGGGAGACUAAUCCUAAAAAAAGACUGUACGCAAGCUACAAAGUGAAAGAGUGUAGCUAGUACCUUCCUUUGUGGUAGAUGUUCCCCCACUUUAUAUUUUUUCCUUUUGUGCAUCUGAAGUGUAUGUAUUGUGCCUGUGGAAUCAGAAAGUGUUUUUUUAAAUCUUUUUUUUUACUCCUAACUCCAGUCCGUUUUUGAAAAUUCCUACGUUAUUUUGCUGUAGAUUGAUAGAUUUUCUCUGGUCUUCUCAUCUUUGUCGUUUUGAAGAACUUGGUUCUGUCAAAAGGGCGUAGACUCAUCAGGCCCUCAAAUUGGCUAGAGCUGUCCUCCCUUUUUAUUUAUUUUUAUUUUAUUUUUUUUCUCUCUGAAGUUUAAUAUGAUUCUCCAUAUCAAGUGUAUUAUUAUUUGUAUUUCGAGAACAGUAUGUAUUUCAGUAAUUUCAUUAGUGUGACAAGUGGUUAUAAGUAGUGCAGAAAACAAUUUGAGGAAAUGUUUUACACUACUUGUAUGCAGUAAACUGAAUUCUAGAUUGUUAAAAUAUUUUUGAAAAGUGGAAAUAAGUUAAAUAAAGUUGUGUAGUAAAGUC